CGACCCCUCGAAACCGAAAAGCACAUGUGAAUCCCACAGGUAUCAUUCCUCGUCCUAUUAUGGCACACCAGGCGCACGCCAUCCCGUGGGGUGUCCUAUCCUCCAACUUCAAGUUUACCUCUAAAUCAGCACGACACGGAGAUGAAACGAAUUUGUUUCCUCGCAAGAAUCCAGCACAAGGAAAGGAGCUGAUGUAUUUUGCUCACGGCUUUGCUCAAGCUGUGGAGUCUAUGUCACGAACUGAGCGAGAGAACUAUCCAUCGUCCUACGAUGUGACUGGGUCUAACGACCUUCUCAUCGACGAUGUUACGGAGUCUAAAAUAAGGAAUACGGUUCGAAGAUAUCGCAUGGCAAUUACUCGGGGAAAACAGAGGGGCUACUGCCCUUCGCCUUGCCCUGUAACCUACAUGCACGGAUGCACUUGUCCGCUUUCCCCAGUGGAUAGGUCUAUAUUACCAUGGAAACUCGAGGAUAAUCUCAACCAGUGUGUGGAAUAUCCCUCUCCCCACCACGACUCCACGGAGCUAUUUAAAACCCUCCUCCUCCACGGCCAAAUAGACGCUCUCCUCCGCAUCGCCGCACAGCCAUCUGCCAGUAUAGAGAUUAUAUGGGCGCCAGUAUGCUGCAGGGGGCAGAUUGGCUGGGGCGAGCUGAUGCGGUCAACUCUCAUGUCCUACAUCUGCCUAAACGUAUCUUUCCUCAAGCCAGAAACAUACGACGCCACAGCCCGCGCGGCAUACUUGAGGGAGGAGCACCGAAACCCGCCAACAAAGCCAGAGGAUCUCGAUUACCGUAAGGCGGAGGGCUAUGAGAGGAUGCUGAAACGAUGCACUGCUCGUGCUGCAUAUGGUGUGCAUCUUUAUCCUCACCAAGAGUUCUUUGGGGUCGGUCCAGAUGGAUCCGUUGACCAGAAUUGGCGAGAUAGCAACCCCACCAUGCCCGUACUAGAGACUCAUAACCUCCAUGAAUAUAUGCCGCUCAGGUCAGAUAUACCCGUUGUCACCCGGUACCUACAGCAGAAAGGAUUGCCCCUCGAACUUGCGCCAGAGGUCCUGGAUCAUGCAGAGUAUAUACCACGGCGGCGGCUACCAAUUGCUGAUGAUCCGUUGCAUCCGGAGAAUUCUGAGGAGCUGCGCAAGUAUCUGAAGUACUGCUGGAAGCUUUUAGUCUGGUGCAAUGUGGUUGCAGAGGGAACUGGGAAGAAAAUCAACUGGGUGUAUGAAAUCACGCAGUGUAUCUUGGACCUGUGGGGAGUUGAUGAACUGAAAAGGAGAACAAUACAUUACUAUGUGAUAGACCGUGAGUAUUUGCAACUACCGCGUGUCGACGGAUAUUCCUUCAUAUGAUUGGGGCUGCUAAGAGGCAGGCACUAUGAAGCGGAAGCAUUUUCCACUAAAUUCAUACAACAACAAUACCAACAGCACGAUAGCACUUGGGAUAGAACAUAUCACAUUAUCAAGAGACAAAUCAACUGUUCCCGGUUGAAUGGGC